CAGUCCUUCAGCAUUUUUGUGACCAGCUUUAGCGGGUUUGUCAGCAUGCCUAGCAGUGGAGAGACUCUUACGAAAAAAUCACAAGAUGAAAAUGCAAUGAAUAUUUCAGAAAGCUCUGAAAAUGGAACCUUUCCAGAUGCACAGACUGUCUGCAGAGACUGGCUUCCUCAUUUGGAGGUGACCCAAGAUGAAGGCAUAGAGCCAACAGAGUCUCUGUGGACUUCCUUUGCUGACGGCAGAGUCAGGCUGCGAAUAGAUAACUCGUGUCCACAGACUCCCAUAACAGUUCAUCAGAUGUUCAAGACGAGUCUAGAAAAAUAUGGAUCUCUUAAUGCUUUGGCCAGCAAAAAGGACGGAAAAUGGGAGAAGAUAACUUUUUCAGAGUAUUAUUGCCUCUCCAGGAAAGCAGCCAAGAGCUUCUUGAAGCUUGGUCUAGAACGAUUUCACAGCGUAUCAAUCCUUGGAUUUAAUUCUCCAGAAUGGUUCAUCUCAGCUGUUGGAGCUGUUUUUGCUGGAGGAAUUGUCACAGGAAUAUAUACAACCAGUUCUCCCGAGGCCUGCCACUACAUUGCUCAUGACAGCAAAACCAAUAUCAUGGUUGUGGAAAACUGGAAACAAUUGGACAAGAUAAUGCAGAUCUGGAAUCGCUUGCCACACUUGAAAGCCGUUGUGCUAUAUAAGGAUUCCAUUCCAGAGAGACAUCCAAAUUUGUAUACGAUGGAAGAGUUUCUGGAAUUGGGAGAUGACGUAUCUGAUUCUACUUUGGAUGAUAUUAUUAACUCCCAAAAGCCAAAUCAAUGCUGUGUACUAAUAUACACAUCCGGAACAACUGGGAAGCCAAAAGGAGCUAUGCUGAGUCAUGACAAUAUAACUUGGACGUCAGCACAUUGCAGCAGAGCAGGAGAUAUGCAACCUGCAGAGGUCCAGCAGGAAUCUAUAGUCAGUUAUCUCCCGCUCAGCCACAUAGCCGCGCAGAUAUACGACCUGUGGACUGGAAUCAAGUGGGGCGAGCAAGUGUACUUUGCUGAGCCAGAUGCUCUGAAGGGCAGCUUGAUCAACACACUGAGAGAAGUGCAGCCAACGUCUCACAUGGGGGUUCCCCGAGUGUGGGAGAAAAUCAUGGAGAAAUUAAAGGAUGCUUCUGCUCAGUCAGGAUUUAUGAAGAAGAAGAUGCUGUCAUGGGCUAUGGCACUUAGCUUAGAGAGAAACCUGAAGUGCUCAAGCAGCAGCGAUGUAAAGCAGUUCUGGGCAAGGUUAGCAGACUACUUGGUGCUGGCAAAGAUUCGCAGCGCGCUGGGUUUGUCGGCCUGUCAGAAGCACUUCUCCGGUGCUGCCCCCCUCAAUACUGAAACGCUGUAUUUCUUCUUGGGUCUGAACAUCACCUUGUACGAGGCUUACGGGAUGAGUGAGACCACAGGCCCGCAUUGCUUAUCUGGGCCCUACAUUUACAGGCAGCACAGCUGUGGUAAACCAGCCCCUGGCUGCAGGGUGAAAUUGGUGGAUGAAGAUGAAGAAGGCAAUGGGGAAAUCUGUUUCUGGGGGAGGACUGUUUUCAUGGGCUAUUUAAAUAUGGAAGAUAAAACAAAAGAAGCCUUUGAUAAGGAUGGGUGGCUGCAUUCUGGAGAUUUAGGAAAACUAGACGAGGAUGGCUUUCUCUAUGUCACUGGAAGAAUUAAAGAUUUGAUUAUUACAGCUGGAGGUGAAAACGUGCCUCCAAUUCCAAUUGAAGAUGCCGUUAAAAAAGAGCUCCCAAUUGUUAGUAAUGCUAUGGUGAUUGGAGAUAAAAAGAAGUUUUUGUCAAUGUUGCUGACCCUAAAGAGUGUGCUGGACCCAGAUACAUCCGAUCCUACUGACAUUCUCACUGAGCAAGCUAGAGACUUCUGCCAGAAGACUGGGAGUAAAGCCACCAAAGUAUCGGAGAUUGUAGCUACAAGAGACCAGGCGAUCUACCAGGCCAUUCAGGAGGGAAUCAACAAAGUCAACAUGAACGCUACCAACAGGGUGCAUUGUAUUCAAAAAUGGAUAGUCCUGCCGAGAGAUUUUUCCAUUUCUGGGGGAGAACUAGGUCCAACAAUGAAGCUAAAACGGCUCACUGUGCUUGAGAAAUACAGAAGUGAAGUAGACUCCUUCUAUGAAGAGUAAGAAGUCUUUUGUUCAAGUAUUAAGACCUGUGAGCUAAAAAACCUAUUUCCUAAUCAAAGCAUUAACGAAGAUUUAUGCUCGUUUUGAUUGUGUAGUCUAUUGAACUGAACCACUAGAAAACUGCUGUGUCAAUUUAGUUGUUCCUGAUACUCACCUGAUGGUUUGUCCUUUUUACAGAAGCAUCUAUGCAGCGUGUCCAUUUUCUAAUACUGUUUUUACUUUAUGACCUACAUGAUUAAGAUUAAAAACAUUCUUUUGUGUUGCAUAAAGCAGGUAUAACAAAUUAAUUCUUCUAAACUGAAACACAGAAAAUUUUUUUGUAUAGCUAUCUUUUUUGUUGUUGUUUCUUCUACAGGACGGUGCCUGUAGCUCAUGAUAUAUUUUGGUAGAUCAGUAGUUAGCAGUACUGCUUAGUGAAACUGACACCACUCCAAUAAUAAUUAUUUAAAAAAAAAAAACAAACACAAAAGGGCUGGUUUUCUUCCUCUCCCAGGGAAGAGUUUCUUCUUGUUCACUAACAAAUUUCACAAUCUAAAGACACUCCUCUUCUGUUUUUACAGUGGCUAGAAUUCAGACUUUUGUGAAAACAGCAGCUCAUAAUUUCUUAAAUCCAUGUUGAUUGCUCCUAAAAACAAAUAAUCAAAAAAGGUGGGGGAAUAGUUCAUUAAGACUGGAAGACAUAAUGUAGCUCUCACAUUAAAGCGCUCUCAGAACAGAAACAUCUUUAAAAUUGUUUACAGCACUUUUAAGCAAAAGAGUUUAGAAGUAACGUUUGUUUGCAUGUUUCAGUAUUCAGGUUGUACCAGUUCUGACAGACGUGAGCUGCAGGUCUUCCCCAUAUGGAAAAAUUAAUCAUUAUGUGAAGGACAUACGUGACAGAAAGUGGUCUAAAGUGUUUGUGGUUGGCGAGUUACAAUAGCCAGGCAGGCUCCAGCCACUGUUCUCCAUCAAAAAACUCAUGCAGGACUGGAUGUUGUUUCCA